UCAGUCUUGUCAAUUCUCACACUCUGCUCAAAGCAUCGUCUUCUCCCGCCAAAACAAAAGAGUCAAAGACGUAGAGAGAGAGAAAUGAUGAAGGAGUACCAAACGCCACACAAGGACCAUGCCCGACCUCCUCCCAAGCUCUCCAAUCGCCUAUCCAAGAAGACCGUUCCCAAGAAGAGCUUGAACACUGCGUUUUCUUCAAUCUCCGAAGAUGUGCAAGUCGAGACCUCCAAGCACUCCCUGGAUUCCACUCCGAUUUCUGUGAUUUCUCAGAUCGAUGAGGUCAAUUGCAAGGCGGAGAUCUCCGAGAGUCUGAUGACCCUGCCAGAUCCAGCUCUCUCAGAUUCAUCAGAGAGCUUGUUUACCUCUGAUCUCUCUCCAUCUUCAGAGUCCACUAUUGAUAAGAGCGAUUCAAGCCAUGACUCUUGGAGUGUUGCUAAAUGUGAAAUUGAUAGCUCAAAGUUUGGUUCGAUGGGGGCUGAGGUUGUAGCAAGCUUUCUCAAGCAAGCUCGGACUCAGAUCUUGAACUCUGCUGGUGUGGAUGCUAAAUCUAAGAAGAUUCUGGAUGCACUGGUUGAGAUUGUGAUAGAGGAUUUCCACACUGUGCCUGAAGAGAAGGACCAGAUUGCUAAACUUCUUUCAGCAAAAGCCAAAAUGCUAGUUGUGUGUCUCUUGCUAUGGAUCCUUGCAAUGGCUGUGUUUUUGGUGUUCGGCUCUGGAUCCCGAAGCACAUUUCGUGGACCACUGCCUACUUGAACUCUUAUUGUAGAGGUGCAUUAAUUGUCUGAUCAAGAUGAAUGGUAAGGCCUCUUGUUUUGGGACUUAGUCAUAGUAGGAAUGCUCUUACUCUUCCAUUAGAUAUUGUCUAGUGCUUGGCUGAUAUAAUCAUAUAAACUUCUUGUUCUCAGUAUUGUGCCCAUGGUUAUGGAUCAUGCAUUUACGGUAAAUAGCUAUAUAAGUGUGAUUUCCUGGAAAUGGAAUAUGACUCUUACUGUAUUCCUCUAUGUGGUUUAUGUUAUUUUGAGUAGUAAGAGCUGAAUUUGAUUACUGUA